GCCUGGGGCCAGAAAUGAAUGAGGGUGUGGACCCUUAUUCCAGGGGUGUCUGGUCCCGGCUGCGGUCACGCUACUCCCCCCGCGGCGGGAGAGGCGGGGAGAGAGGCGAACACGCGGGCGCGGCCCUGCAGCGCGUGAUGCGCCCUGCCGGUGACCAUGGCAGGAAGCGAGCCCCGCAGUAAAUCCAGCUCCCCGCCGCCGGCCGCCAGCGACUGGGGCCGCCUGGAAGCCGCCAUCCUCAGCGGCUGGAGGAACUUCUGGCAGUCGGUUGGUAAGGAGAGGGUGGCCAGGACUGCCCUUCGCGAGGAGGCGGAAGAGGAGGAGAAGGCCAGUUCUCUGACUCGGCUGCCGCUCGACGUGCAGCUGUAUAUACUGUCCUUCCUUUCCCCGCACGAUCUGUGUCAGUUGGGAAGCACGAAUCAUUACUGGAAUGAAACCGUGCGAGAUCCGAUUCUGUGGAGGUUUUUUCUCUUGCGAGAUCUCCCUUCAUGGUCUUCCGUGGACUGGAAGUCUCUUCCGGAUCUGGAAAUGUUGCAAAAGCCCAUCUCUGAGGUCACUGACAGCACCUUGGUGGACUACAUGGCGGUCUAUCAAAUGUGUUGUCCGCACACAAGAAGAGCCUUAAAAUCCAGCCGGCCCGUGUAUGGCGCAGUCACCUCCUUUUUACACUCAUUGAUCAUACAAAAUGAGCCACGGUUUGCCAUGUUUGGACCAGGUUUGGAAGAACUGAAUACAUCUUUGGUGUUGAGCUUGAUGUCUUCUGAGGAACUCUGUCCUACGGCUGGCUUGCCACACAGGCAGAUUGAUGGUAUUGGAUCAGGAGUCAAUUUUCAGUUGAACAACCAACAUAAAUUCAACAUCCUGAUAUUAUAUUCAACUACCAGAAAAGAGAGAGACAGAGCAAGAGAAGAGCAUACCAGUGCAGUUAACAAGAUGUUCAGUGUCCAGAACGAAGGAGAUGACCAACAAGGGAGCCGCUACAGUGUGAUCCCACAAAUCCAGAAGGUGUGUGAGGUUGUGGAUGGAUUCAUCUACGUUGCAAAUGCUGAAGCUCAUAAAAGACAUGAGUGGCAAGAUGAGUAUUCUCGUAUUACGGCAAUGACAGAUCCAGCUUUUGGGCCUUCAGGCAGACCCAUGCUGGUUUUAGCUUGUAUUUCUCAAGCAAGUAUCAAAAGGAUGCCUUGUUUUUAUUUGGCCCAUGAGCUGCGUCUGAAUCUCCGAAAGCACCCAUGGAUGGUGCAGGACGCCGAUGCUGAAACUCUCACUGGCUUUCUGAACGGCAUCGAGUGGCUUCUUGAAGAAGUGGACUCCAGGCAUGCAAAGUGACCCUCCUUUCAGACCCUGGGAGCUGAGCCCGUUCAACCUGUGUCGCUGAGGCCGUGACACGGCUGGGUGUCCCAUUAGCUCACUCUGUCCCACCCUUUUGCAGGUGGCUUCUGCUUUGGACAGUUGUAGCUGCUGUAUUUUUGAUAUUAUUUUUACUUUGUACCAUGAAUCAAUUAUAAGAAGAGUUCUAGUCCUACUGUUUAGCCUCCUAGUAAACCUAUAAACAUGGAUUUUUGAUAA